UCACGCUCAUCGGAAAUGGGCAGUCAUAGAACACAGUGAGCAGACUACACAUGUGGAACAGGUUGGCUAUAUAAUGAAUACGUGAAUUUGAGCAGAACAUGAUGGCAGCAAAGUAGCCAAUAGUGCAUUUCUGCAGUUACUAUGAUAGUAUGGGGUUCAUAAUUAUUUGCACUGGAGGGAUUGCAUUAUACCUGUGUAAGUGUCACAUGCCAGGUCUGAAGCACAGCGGACAUUUGGUGACAGCUGGGUAUUUUUCUAAUCCUGCAGAGAUGCUGCAGGAGAAGGUUUCAGCUGUGACGGAUGAAUGUAUGAGCCGGGUCCAGACUGGUGUGGAGACGGAUCUCCUUUCAGACCAGUCACGAAUGGGCCUGUCCACGACUCCCACCAUUCCCAGCUCCAGUGAGCCUGACCAGAACAUCGAGAACAUUAAGGUCGUUCUUCAUGAGAGGGAGCUGUGGAAGAAGUUCCAUGAGGCCGGCACAGAGAUGAUCAUUACUAAAGCCGGCAGGAGGAUGUUUCCUAGCUACAAGGUUAAAGUGAGUGGCAUGAACCCCAAAACCAAAUACAUCCUACUUAUUGACAUUGUCCCAGCUGAUGACCACCGCUACAAGUUCUGUGAUAACAAGUGGAUGGUGGCUGGCAAGGCAGAGCCAGCAAUGCCAGGCAGACUCUAUGUGCACCCUGACUCACCUGCCACAGGAGCUCACUGGAUGAGGCAGCUGGUGUCGUUUCAAAAGCUCAAACUAACCAACAAUCACCUGGACCCUUUUGGGCAUAUCAUCCUGAACUCCAUGCACAAGUACCAGCCCAGACUACACAUAGUCAAAGCAGAUGAAAACAACGCCUUUGGAUCCAAGAACACUGCCUACUGUACGCAUGUCUUUCAUGAGACAGCCUUCAUCUCUGUAACCUCUUAUCAAAACCACAAGAUCACUCAGUUGAAGAUAGAAAACAAUCCAUUUGCCAAAGGAUUCCGAGGCAGUGAAGAGGGAGAUCUGCGUGUUUCAAGGCUGCAGGGGAAAGAAUAUCCUGCGAUUUCGAAGAACAUGGUUCGCCAGAGACUCAUCUCACAUAGUCAUCUAGCAGGGAAGCUCGGAGCAGGAGUUCUCCAAGGGCAUCCUCAGGUCCUGUCCUCUUAUCAGUAUGAGACUGGGGUUCCUUUUUCUAACUCUGACUCCCAAGACCCUAUCUCGAACCACUUCCCUCAGAGCAGAGACCCCAACCUUCUGUACCACUGCUUUAAACACAGAGAUAAUGCCCGACACCUGGAGCUUGGAUGUAAGCGGCCGUAUCUGGAGACAUCAUCUGCAGUCUCAGAGGAGCAUUACUUUCGUUCAGCUCCCUCUUAUGAGUCGCCCUUACUGUCUCAUCCAUACCGCACUGAGGCAAUCGCCUCGAGAGAAGCUUGUAUGUACGGCAGUAUGGAAACAGAGUCUGGGUCUGGGCCAGGGGACACAGAUGACCUAACCAACUCCUCUUCAAUAAAUUGCAACAUGUGGGCGACAAUGCAGCCCUACCCUCGCUAUAGCAUGGAAGGUGUCCCGUACCAGCCCUUCACUGCUCACUUCACCAACACUGCCACAGUCACUCCUGUGGUACCACACCCUGCCUCGUCCAUGGCAUCACGACCACAGGCUGACUUGGGGGUCUACAACUCAGCUACGGCCCAGCGAGGUCUGCCUGUCGUACCUCCUUCAUCUUCCUCUUCAUCCUGCUCUUCAGCUGUUCUGGGAUCCAGAGAUAGGUCAGACCAUCCACCUCUGUACCACAAGAAGCCAGGGUCACCGCUUCGGCCUCACAGAGAUUUCUCAGCCUAUACCACGCAUGGCACUAUAUCCAUCCGGGAUCCAUCCUAUCAGUACCAAGUGGGGCUGAGUAGUGCAGGGACUCACUGGACUGACAGCUAAUGUGAACAAAUGGAGGAACCAGUUUCCAGUGUACAAGUCUGAAAUUAAUCAAGGUUCAAAACCCCCACUCUGGGCUGCUCACGCAAUGAUAAUGAACAGUGAUAAUGAACAACAGUCAUGAUCGUUGCCAAAUUGCACUCCAAAGCCAUUUACAUCCAUGAAUUCUCACUAACACAUACAACAUUGUAUGUGGUGAACAGUGGCUGACCUCAUCAUUACUUAUGCAGAUGUGUAGCAUAUGUACUAUCCUGUGAUCAUAUACAAAAUUCAGGUUUGAGAGGCACUUAAAAGUCCCACAGUUGGAGGUGUAAGUUCAAGAGCACAAAAAGACUGAACAAGACACAAAGUAUGACUGCAACGUCCUAAGAACAACUAUCCAAAUAAUGGUAGUUACUUGCAUGGAUGUAGCAAUGAGGGCAAUUUAUCAAAUAAAGACAUAGAUAAGGGAAGAAAAUUAUUACUGUGCUUGCUCUUGAAGAGAGUGAGAGGCCUGGAUAUGUGAAAUGUGAGUACAUAAUGGCCUCCCAUUGAAGGUUUUAUCAUUUCUUGCAGAGCCUCAUCUAGUCAGACCGUGUUUGAAGUCAAUAUUUUACUUAUUGUCAACAAAUCCAAUGAAAAGACCAACAGUACAGUAAUCCAUUUCUCAAACUUCCUGACUUCCCUGGCCUGUCCGUAUCACUCAUCUCCAAACCUACUGGUUCCUACUGAAGAUGUAAAUCUUUUAUAAAAUGGAUACAAAAAUUUUCUCAACUUUCUCAGAGUUGUCUCAGCAAUUACCCAAAACAGCUGGGGACAGCAGUUGUCUGCAAAAGUAAUUCAGUUAGGGGUAAAUAUUGUUUGAGGAUGGUGUACUUCACAUUGACUUAAGGCAAAAAGCCUGUGCAGCAGUGUGGCUUAUUAAUUUGAUGGGGUUUAUGUCCAAAAGUGAUUACAAAUAUGAAGUUAUCACAGCCGAUAUACUGGGAGUCCUAAUUAUUCACGUGCCAAAACGAGAUUUGUUACAGUCCCAUUGUAAUGUUAUCUAUUUGUUGAAUAGGAUAAAAGUGUCCACUGCCAAAUGAGAUUGAUGAUAUCACAAUAUGAAAGAGAGAAAUUAAAGUUUAUUGUUCAUACACUAAUAAUUGUAUGUGAAAAGACUGAAAGUCGGCUGCUUUGUAAGAGAGUCUUUUGUCAUUGUGUACAUACAGAGCAACUGAAAAUCAACUGAAAGGUGCACUAAAGAACCACCCAUCUCGAGUGUGUGUGGGUUUUAUCUAAAUACUUUGUACAGGUCUAUGCUAGUUGCGUGAUACCAGCGCUCAUCUGAAGAAAACAUCAUGUUGUGAGUGU